AGAUAAACAGAGAGAGAGCGGUACUAGACAGACAGUGAGAGAGAAACAGAGCGAGAGGUACUCUAGAGAGAGAUUGAACCAUCUGACAGUCAGACAAUGAAUGUCAGUGUGUAGUGGAGAGUGGUUCAUUCACAGUGUGGCACUGUGUGAAGCAGCUGUCUCUUUUUCUGCUCUGAUACUCUAAUAGGCCAAUAAGCGCAGUAAUGCAGAAGCUGUAGAGCGGAGAGAAGAGACACAAGCCUCUUAUGACUACAGUACAGGGAUGAUGCUUUGAGGACCAGACUGAGAAGUGCUCUGAGGAUUCAGGGUUUCAGACUGCAGAGUGUAGACCGAGAGAGAGCUGCUGUGCUGUACAUACCUGAGAUACUGCAGUUAAUCGCUGCACCUUUAUAACACAUUCAGCAUGGAUCUGGAUGAACUGUGUACUUACACAGAUGGCAUGGACAACAGCUCCCUAAAGUACCCAAAGACUGAGCAGACGGAGAAAAUGUGGAUGCGACUAAAGGGAAUGCAGAAGUACAAAAACACGUCUCAAAGAUUAAGAUGCCUGGUGAAGCAACUAGACAAGGGAGAAGUGAACGUGGUGGACCUGAGGAAGAAUAUAGAGUAUGCAGCCUCUGUUCUAGAGGCAGUCUAUAUUGAUGAAACCAGGCGUCUUCUGGACACUGAGGAUGAGCUCAGUGACAUCCAGACGGACUCUGUUCCAAUGGAGGUGCGGGAUUGGCUGGCCUCGACCUUCACCAGGAAGAUGGGCGUGGUCAGGAGACGACCCGAGGAGAAACCACGGUUCAAGAGCAUCGUGCAUGCCGUGCAGGCUGGCAUCUUUGUCGAGAGGAUGUACAGGCGGACAUCUAACAUGGCUGGAUUGACGUACCCUCCAGCUGCCAUCGCUGCUUUGAAGGAUGUAGAUAACUGGUCCUUUGAUGUGUUUGUCCUCCACGAGGCCAGCAGUGAACACGCAUUAAAGUUCCUGGUCUACGAACUGCUCACCCGAUAUGACCUGAUCAACCGCUUCAGGAUACCAGUGUCAUCUUUGGUGUCCUUUGUAGAGGCUCUAGAGUUGGGCUACAGCAAACACAGAAACCCCUACCAUAACCUGAUCCACGCUGCCGACGUCACACAGACAGCACACUAUCUGAUGCUUCACACUGGCAUCAUGCACUGGCUCACUGAACUGGACAUCCUGGCCAUGGUGUUUGCUGCAGCUAUCCAUGACUUUGAACACACUGGGACAACCAACAACUUUCACAUUCAGACCAGGUCAGAGGUGGCCAUCCUGUACAACGACCGGUCAGUCCUGGAGAACCACCAUGUUAGUGCUGCGUACAGACUUAUGCAAGAGGAUGAGAUGAACAUACUGGUCAACCUGUCAAAAGAUGACUGGCGAGAGCUGCGGACCCUGGUGAUUGAGAUGGUGAUGAGUACAGACAUGUCCUGCCAUUUCCAGCAGAUCAAAAGCAUGAGGAACGCCCUGCAGCAGCCUGAGGGAGUAGACAAGGCUAAAGCCCUAUCUCUGAUGCUGCAUGCAGCUGACAUCAGUCACCCAGCCAAGGCCUGGAAGCUGCACUACCGAUGGACACAGGCCCUGAUGGAGGAGUUCUUCCGACAGGGCGAUAAAGAGGUUGAGUUAGGGCUGCCAUUCUCUCCUCUGUGUGAUCGUAAAGCUACCAUGAUCGCACAGUCACAAAUAGGGUUCAUUGACUUCAUAGUGGAACCCACAUUCUCUGUGUUGGUGGACACGACCGAGAAGAUCAUUACCCCUCUAAUAGAGGAUACCUUAAAGUCACAUGAUACUGGCGUACGCAGGUCAAGUUUGACGGGUAGUGGGUCGGUGACGGUGGUAGAGUCAGUCCAGAAACAUAGUGGCCGAGGAUCCAGCCAGGGGGUUGACCAGGGGCUCACUACAGACUAUAGCCUGACUGGCAUCGACCUGAAACGGAUCAGACACACAUUGGCAGAGGUCAUCCAACACAACAAAGACCGAUGGAAGGAGCUCUCUGUACAAGAGUUGGCGAGUAAAGAGCGAGCUGAGUUGAACACUGACCCAGAGGAGAUGGAGGAGUCCCAGAUGAAAACAGAGGUUACAUUGACUCACACCAGCCCUGAGAGACACAGCCAGGAGCUCCAAUCAGAGCCCUUCAAUGAACUGAUGAACAACACAAACUCCAAUAACUCUUCCCAGGAGGACUCAGAGCUGGACCACCAUCCUCACAGUUCUCUGUCCCCGUGUGAGGAUAAAGAGACAACAUCACCUGGUUCCAUCACUCCUGAACGCCUACCAUGGAACGGAGCAGGCCCUGGGGCAGUCCUUGAGUCAGGGGAGGAGUCUCUUCAGAGCCCUUGAUUCUGAUAAGCGACCCAACAAUGCUGCCACUUCCUGAUUUUUAUUCUACUUUACCUUCAUGUAACGAGGCAAGUCAGUUAAGAACAAAUUAUUAUUUACAAUGAUGGCCUAUCCCGGCCAAACCCUAACGACACUGGGCCAAUUGUUUGCCGCCCCUGAUUCACCAUAUUUGUUUGUUAGCUUUUUUUAUUGUAAAUUUGUUCUGAUUGAUUUUAUUUCCAGUCUGUUAUUGUAUUGUUAUUUAUUAAAGAUGGGGAUCUUCUUGCUCCUCUUUGCACCACAA